GGGGCGGUGUCGCUUGUUGUUGCCCUGUGAGGCGGCUGUGCUGUGGGUGCCGGCCGCCGCCGCGAUCCGGGGAGGUCCCAGGCCCCGGUGCCCUCUCGCCUCUCGCUGCCCCCAUCGGCCCCGCAGCCCCCGCGGAGGGCGGGGAGAUGCAGCCCCCAGGCCCUCAGCAGCCGCCGCUCUAUGCGCCCAGCAACGGGGACUUCACCUUUGUCUCCUCGGCAGACGCCGAAGAUCUUAGUGGCUCCAUAACAACUCCAGAUGUUAAGCUAAAUCUUGGAGGAGAAUUCAUCAAAGAAUCUACUGCUACUACAUUCCUAAGACAGAGAGGGUAUGGCUGGCUUCUAGAAGUGGAAGAUGAUGACCCAGAAGAUAACAAGCCACUCCUGGAAGAACUUGACAUUGAUCUGAAGGAUAUUUACUACAAAAUUCGAUGUGUGUUGAUGCCUAUGCCAUCCCUUGGGUUUAAUAGGCAGGUAGUGAGAGACAAUCCAGACUUUUGGGGUCCUCUGGCAGUUGUCCUCUUCUUCUCAAUGAUUUCAUUAUAUGGACAAUUUAAGGUUGUGUCUUGGAUUAUAACUAUUUGGAUAUUUGGAUCCUUGACAAUUUUUUUACUGGCCAGGGUUCUUGGAGGAGAAGUUGCUUAUGGCCAGGUUCUUGGUGUGAUAGGAUAUUCCCUACUUCCCCUCAUUGUCAUAGCACCUGUACUUUUGGUGGUUGGAUCAUUUGAAGUUGUUUCUACCCUAAUAAAAUUUAUUUUUAGUUACUGCAGCAUGAAUAUGACGUUAGUCAUUGUUCUGAGACCUUCCCAUAGUGGUAGCAGUACAAAGCUCUCAAUACCCUUUGCAGAGAAGUUGUUUGGAGUCUUUUGGGCUGCAUACAGUGCCGCAUCAUUAUUAGUUGGAGAAGAAUUCAAGACCAAGAAACCCCUUCUAAUUUAUCCAAUCUUUUUAUUAUACAUUUAUUUUCUGUCCUUGUACACUGGGGUGUGAUCUAGUGCAAGAUGUGGCCAGAGACCAUAUUUUAUUCAUUUGCAGACUGAUAAUGCAUAAGAUUAAGGAGACCGGAGAUAAUACAAGUGACUGUUUUGUAUCCAGUUGUCAAGAUGUUUUAAGAUCGAAGAGCAUAUUUGUGUAUAUUAUUUAAUGAAGCAAUUGUAGCUAUAUAGAUUUGUAUCAAAGUUCUAGGUUUAAGACUCUUCAGAUUUUAAUGAACAAAAUAAAAGAACCUUGUGUUUUGUAAGAAAGUGUAGCAAAACCACAACUCAAUACCUGUGCCAAAAGCACUAGGACCAGAUUACUAUAUUUGAGGAGAAAAAUGAGAAGUUAACUGUAACAAUCUCAAAGUGCAAUUUUUCUUUUGAGCUUAAACACAGCUGGCUUUUUUGGCACAGCAAAUUCUGUAGAUAAUAUAUAUUUAUGAAACAGUCCUGAUUGUUCACAGAAUAGUCUGUAUAAUCAAGACAUGAAGAUACUACUUUUAAUUUAGUGCCUCAAUUACUUUGAUUUGGCUACUGAGUUUUUAUAAAUUCCAAUUUGUUUUCAAAACAUGUAUAUACUGUGUAUUUUGUAUCUAUGGCUUGUGUGUAGCGUAAAUACUCCUUGGUUAAGGAUGUAUGUUGGGUUUUUAAAAAUUGAAGAUAGAAGUAUUUGAAGUCUUCAUUUACUAUCUCUGACCAAAGGAGCAAGAUAUUUACUGUGUGACAUAGUUAAUUAAAAUGCAUAUUUAGAGAAUCAAAUUAUUUUACUUAAAAGUAUGAAUUUACAGAGAAAUGGGUGAACACCUUUCUCAAAUGUAGUACUGGCUUAAUGUUGGAGAAAAAAAGAUGAUUUAUCAAAUUUGUGUGAUCUUUAAACAAUGUUAUUUGAUGAUGACAAAAUAAAAAUAAUGCUUCCCUAACUAUGUUUUACAACAUCUUGCUCUGUCUUGCUUUUAAUAGCAUGGUAUUUAACAUGCAUCUAUUUUUUUUUUUUUUCCCCAGUACUAUUAAUCCCUUGUAAAGAGAAAUAAAAAAGAUUUGUAAGGCCAGAUUCUCCCUCCACUAAAUAAGGCAGAAUUACAGCCUUAGUAACAAUUACAGUCUUGCUAAAUUUGACUAUCCAAGGAUUAUGUAAUAACGUGAUGACAUGUUAAAUAUUUCCUGUGUACUGUGUUGAUUGCUUAUGUAAUCGUCCUUAUGGUAAUGUUUCUUCACAAGGGAAGUCCGCUGAAGUUAAUUUUGCAUGGUACUAACUUAGGCAUUUGCAAUCUUCAGUAUUUAGUAUUGCCAAAUAGAUCUCCAGUUUCUUUUUUUUUUUUUUUUUUUUGGUAACAGAAAAAAAGCAUUCCCCAUGCCUUUAUUAUUUGCAGCAUUAAAAAAAAAAAAAAAAUCAACCAUGUCAAGGUAAUAGCAAGGGCUGUCUUUGAUCCAUGGUGGACAUAUUUCCUUAUAAGAACUGUAGUUUUUCAGCUUUUUAGACUGUGUAACUUCCCAUUUUGGUAAUUUAUUUUUACCACUCAUUACUGAUGCAAAAUAUAUAUUUAAAUUCCAACUCUACCACAAACCUUUAGCUUAUUCAGUCUGCUUUUCUGGUGGAUGCUUGUGUUGGUUUUAAACAGAACUACUUAAAGUUGAUGCUGGACAUAAAUUGUAAUGUAAUACUCUAGGUUGUAAUACAUUAAAGGAGAAAAACUGGUAGAGCGAUUGACUUUUCACCUAAUUUUUUACUUCUACAGAAGUUCUGGUGGAAUUACUGCAGUUGUACUAAACCGAUUAUACCAGCAGCUUAUUCUUAUCUGCAAGUGUUUUGUGAGCAUUCAUUCUA